UUGACAAAAAGAGGGAUAGCCAUGACAUGCUCUGGUUGCAAGUCUAGUACACAUAACAUAAGAAGUUACCCUUCAAGGCCUCCAACUGCAUCAGCAACAACUUCUGCCCCUUCUAGGAGGAAAUACUCAAUGCCACCAACUGCAUCAGCAACUUCCAAGAGCAAAUACUCAAGGCCACCAACUGCUGAUGGAACUUCCAAGAGGAAAUACUCAAGGCCACCAGAAGCAGCAGGAUCAACAAGAGCACCAAAUGCACGAGCAACUGCUCCUCCAACUACACCAGCAACUUCCAAGAGGAAAUACACAAAGCCACCAGUCCCUCCAAGGCCUAAAGCAACUACAAAGGUUAAUGCUUCCCAGCAGUCAUCAACUGGAAGUACAAGAAAAAGUAGUGUUCAUGACACUCAAGAUGCAUCUACAAGCAUGGGAGGGGGCAGGACUAAGUACAAGAGGCCAAGGGUUGUUGGACAGGGUGUAUUUGUGUCUGAGUCUGGAUACAAAUGUGUUAAUCAAGGAAUGCCUAGCAGCAGGUUGGUGUCCACACCUAAGGCAAUGAAUUUAGCCUUGGUCACAGGUGAUAUUGGAUACAAACCCAGCAAAGGAUUGAAGUGGAAAGGAACAAAAGCAGUUACACAAAGACAAAUCCAAGUGCAAAGUGUUAAUCAUAGAAUCCAAACAAGAUCAAAGGCUCUUGGAGUUCAAACAAGAUCAAGAAAAGGAAAAUCUCCAAUGAAGUAGUCUGAUAUUUCUAUGUUUAAGCUACCUAUUUUUGGUGAAACUUGGAUAUGUAAGCAAACAAUGUAGCUUGGUAGUUUUUGUUGACAGUUAGUGCUACUGUCCAGUUAUUUUGCAUAUGACAAUGACC